GGGGCGGGUCCUACAUCACUUCCUGGAGACUGACCGAAUCCGGAAGUGAUCCUCGAGAACCAACUUUCUGCCGAGGACCCCGGUAGCAGGCGUGGGUUUGGGACCAUGAGCUGGAUCCCAUUUAAGAUCGGGCAGCCCAAGAAACAGAUUGUCCCCAAAACAGUGGAGAGAGACUUUGAACGGGAGUAUGGAAAACUGCAGCAGCUGGAGGAGCAAACCAAGCGCCUGCAGAAGGACAUGAAGAAAAGCACGGAUGCCGACCUGGCCAUGUCUAAAUCUGCUGUGAAGAUAUCCCUGGACCUACUCUCCAACCCGCUGUGUGAGCAGGACCAGGACUUUCUGAACAUGGUGACAGCCCUAGACACAGCUAUGAAGCGGAUGGAUGCCUUCAACCAGGAGAAGGUGAACCAGAUCCAAAAGACAGUGAUUGAACCCCUGAAAAAGUUUGGCAGCGUGUUCCCGAGCCUCAACAUGGCGGUGAAGCGGCGGGAGCAGGCCUUGCAAGACUACCGGAGGCUGCAGGCCAAGAUGGAGAAGUAUGAGGAAAAGGAGAAGACUGGCCCGGUGCUGGCCAAGCUCCACCAGGCCCGAGAAGAGCUGCGGCCUGUACGGGAAGACUUUGAAGCCAAGAACAAACAGCUCCUGGAUGAGAUGCCGCGAUUCUAUGGCAGCCGACUUGACUACUUCCAGCCCAGCUUUGAGUCCCUGAUCCGGGCACAGGUUGUGUACUACUCAGAAAUGCAUAAGAUCUUCGGAGACCUCACCCAGCAGCUUGACCAGCCAGGCCACUCAGACGAGCAGCGGGAGCGGGAAAACGAGGCCAAACUUAGUGAGCUCCGAGCCCUCUCCAUCGUGGCUGAUGACUGAGCCCCAGUCCCUCAGGAGUCCUUAGACUCCUUGGGACACAGAUGACAUCUCUAUAGUCUUCGCUCUUAGCAGGCAUGGAUUCAUGGACCUCCCAAUGGUCUGCCAGUUGGAGACAGGUGGCCACUAUUCUACCUUGCCAGUCCUCCGACUUAAAUGUCUCCAUUUCCUUGAGCCUGAUAUUGGGAGCCUCACAGGCUGCUGUUACCCCCUGCCCAAUGCUGAUAAGCAAUGUAGAAAAAACCCAGGGGCCUGUUUACUUCCAGAACCGUCCAGAAUGU